AUGAAACAGCAGAAUACAGCAGCAGCAGCAGCAGCAACAGCAGCAGCGGCAGCAGCAGCAGCAACACCAGCAGCAGCAGCAGCAGCAGUAGCAGCAGCAGCAGCAGCUUACCGCUGCAGCACUGUCAUGGCCCUCAAUGACAGCAGCAGCAGCAGCAGCAACAGCAGCAGCAGCACCAGCAGCAACAGCAGCAGCAACAGCAGCAGGAACAGCAGCAGCAGCAGCAAGCCGAACCGAUUUGAACUCAUUAACAAGCGACUUCGCGCGGUCCUCCGGCAGCUCGUCUCCAAUCAGUCUGCAGCAGCAGCAGCAGCAGCAGCAACAACAGCAGCAGCAGCAGCAGCAGCAGCAGCAAAUGAGACAACAACAACAGCAGCAGCAAACACGACAUCAGCAGCAGCAGCGAUAAACACUGUGGCAGCUGCAGCAGCAGCAACAACACAUAAGAGAGCACCAUCAGCAGCAUCAUCCUCAUCAUCAGCAGCAGCAGCACCAGCAGCAGCAGCAACCGCAGCAGCACCAGCAGCAGUCAGCAGCUGCACCAGCAGCAGCAGCAGCAGCAGCAGCAACAGCAGCAGCACCAGCAGCAGUCAGCAGCUGCACCAGCAGCAGCAGCAGCAGCAGCAACAGCAGCAGCACCAGCAGCAGUCAGCAGCUGCACCAGCACCAGAUAACAAGCGACUUCGCGCGGUCCUCCGGCAGCUCGUCUCCAAUCAGUCUGCAGCAGCAGCAGCAGCAGUAGCAGCAGCAGCAGCAGCAGCAGCAGCAAAUGAGACAACAACAACAGCAGCAGCAAAAACGACAGCAGCAGCAGCAGCGAUAAAGACUGUGCCAGCUGCAGCAGCAGCAACACAUAAGAGAGCAUCAUCAGCAGCAUCAUCCUCAUCAUCAGCAGCAGCAGCAACAGCAGCAGCAGCAACAGCACCAGCAGCAGCUGCACCAGCCCCAGCAGCAGCAGCAACAGCACCAGCAGCAGCAGCAGCAGCAACAGCAGCAAGCAGCAACAGCAGCAGCAGCAGCAGCAGCAGCAGCAGCAACAGCAGCAGCAGCAGCAGCAGCAGCAAUUACCCUUGGAGUGUUUUUUCUAGUGUUGUCUGCUGCUGUCUAGACAGCUCAAGCUGCGCCUGUGCCUUUCUUGUUCUCGCUUGUGAAACAACUAGCUGCCGCAUGCAGCAGCAGCAGCAGCAGCAGCAGCAACAGCAGCAACAGCAGCAGCAGCAGCAGCAACAGCAGCAGCAGCAGCAGCAACAGCAGCAGCAGCAGCAGCAACAGCAGCAGCAGCAGCAGCAACAGCAGCAGCAGCAACAGCAGCAGCAGCAAAAGCAACAGCAGCAACAGCAGCAGCAACAGCAGCAACAGCAACAGCAGCAACAGCAACAGCAGCAGCAACGGCAGCAGCAACAGCGGCAGCAACAGCAGCAGCAACAGCAGCAGCAACAGCAGCAGCAGCAGCAGCAGCAGCAACAGCAGCAGGACGGUAUUACUUGGAUGGUAUUCUUCUCUCUGCGUAUCGUCAUUAGCUCCCCCUAA